AUGGCGGAUGAAUUGAGGAAUAUCAUCACUACGACAUACUUUACUACAAUCAUCAGUUCAGCUUUCAGCAACUCUUUCAAUACUACCGAUUACCUGUCAAGAACAAGGCUUUUUUACCACAACAAUCAAUCAAUCAACUUCCCACUAACUACCAUCACCAUGCAGUUCACCACCAUCCUCGCCGCAACCCUCUUCGCCAUCUCCACCUCGGCAGCAACCCUCGCCGCGCGCGCCCCCAUCCAACCCGGCGUCGCAACCUUCAGCCACUCGAAGCGCGCCUUGGAACUCACUGCUGAGAUCGCCGCCAUGGAGAAGCGAGGCCAGUCUGCUGCUUGUACCAUCUGCACUUUUGGAUGCGGUACUGGUGGAGAUCUCGAGGCGUGCGAUUGCUGUGCUGAUGGUGGUGCUUGUAUUGAUGAUGGAAGCUGCAACAUCUAA